AUGAACGACUCGUGGCGCUAUAGCAGGGAUGAUGCACUUCUAGUGGAGGAAGCAAAAUUGGUUGGCAUUGACCAGCCCAAACAACAUCUGAUUUCUAAGCUUCUCGAGGGGCAUGAUCACCAACUCAAAGUCAUUUCAGUGGUCGGUAUGGCUGGACUAGGGAAAACUACCCUAGUCAAAAAGGUCCAUGAAGAUCCAGAUGUUAGAAAGAAUUUCCCAGUUUGUGCCUGGGUAACCGUCUCUCAAACAUGUGACUUUCCAAAGCUCCUAACAGACUUGAUUCGGCAGUUGCACAAGGAAUUGAACAAAUCAGUCCCACAAUUCAUCGAGUCUAUAUCUACCAUUGAGUUGAAAGAAUUUGUCAAAGAUUUUCUUCAACAAGCUGGAAGGUAUGCAAUUGUGUUCGAUGACGUGUGGGACGUGGAAUUUUGGAAUGAAAUCAAAUUUGCACUGCCUAAGGGUAACUACGGCAAUCGUGUCAUGCUGACAACACGAAAAGCCGAUGUAGCCUCUGCAUCUUGCACAGAAUCUCAGGAUUAUGUCUACAAAAAGGAGCCACUAUCAAAUGAAGAUUCGUGGACCCUAUUUCGUAACAAGAUCUUUAAAGGAAAACCUUGCCCCGACCACCUGAUGGAUGUUGCAAAAGCUGUAUUGGACAAAUGUGAGGGUUUGCCUUUGGCGAUUGUUGCGAUCGGUGGGCUUUUGGCUUCGAAGGACGUGAGCAGAAUAGAUGAAUGGGAGAUGAUUCAACACAGUCUUGGGGGUGAAUUAGAAGGCACCGGUAAGCUAGAGAGAGUUAAAAGAAUACUUUCUCUGAGUUACAACGAUCUACCUUCGCGUCUCAAACCCUGUCUGUUGUAUUUAAGCAUUUAUCCGGAGGAUUAUCUAAUAGACUGUAAUAUGCUGAUUCUAUUAUGGAUUGCUGAAAGAUUUGUAGAAUGGAGAGAAGGAAUGAGUAUUGAAGAUGUAGCCUGGCAUUAUCUCAGUGAACUCAUCAAUAGAAGCCUAAUUCAAGUGACUGAAGAGUUGUACGAAGGAUCACCCUACACAUGUCGAAUCCAUGACCUAAUGAGAGAACUUAUUCUCAUCAAGUCAAGGGAACAAAACAUGGUCACAGUUACUACUGGACAACCAAUGACGUGGCCAUCUGAGAAGGUACGCCGUCUAGCAAUCCAUAGUAGUAGUAACAGAGUUAGGGAAUUACCCGCGGAAAUCCUAAAGCUGCUAAAGCUUCGGUAUCUCACAGUAUUCCAACCAGUUGAUCCCUCAGAUGAUUAUUAUGGAUUUCAUGGGUUUAAAGGUCCGUCAAAAUUGGGAGGGCUUCUCGCUUUACAAAGGUUAAACACCAUAGAUGCAAGCAGCGGGUCUGUAAUAGUUAAAGAGACAGGAAAAUUGACCCAAUUAAGAGAGUUAUAUAGUACACAGUUGAGAAGAGAAGAUGGAAAGGAGCUCUGCUCCUCCCUUGUCAACCUCACCAGUCUUCGGGAACUAGGUGUUGGUUCAGUUGGAAAAGGUGAUGAUUCUGAGAUAAUCGAUCUAAAUCAUCAUCAACAUUCUCUUUCUUCUUCUUCUUCUUCUUGUUCAUUUCUUCAGUCUCUUCGUGUGCUAAUUAUGCGUGGCCGCUUAGAAACGAUGCCAGUAUGGAUAACUCAUCUUCCAAACUUGGUAAGAAUAGAUUUGUGCUGGAGCGCGUUAAGGGCUGAGGAGGAUCCACUUGAAUCCCUCCAACAUUUGCCCAAUUUGGAUGAAAUUAGUUUCUGUGGAUCUUACCAGGGAGAAAGGUUGUGUUUCAAGGCUGGAGGGUUCCUAAAGCUGAAACGGCUGUGGUUAAGGAGAAUGGAAGGGUUGAGAUGGAUGACAGUGGAGGAGGGUGUGUGCCCAAAUCUCCGAAGACUAGUUCUGGAGCAACUUCCAUUACUAGAGGACUUACCCUCGGGAAUUCAGCACUUGACCCAUCUUCAAGAGCUGGGUUUGUAUAAGAUGAGUUCUCGACUGAUGGAAAAGGUCGAGAAUCAGGAGGAAGACAGUGAAGAUUACAGAAGAAUGGCACACAUUCCUGAAAUUUUCAUUGGUUUUUAUACAGAUGAUGGUGGAUGGAGUAUCCGCCGGCUAUGGGGGAAGCAGAAGAAAACAAUUCUUGCCUAG